ACUAUCGAUAGCUCUUCCAAUUUGCCACACAAAACAAUUAAAUUCCUAGCUUAAAAAUGUUCGCAUCUGUAACAACCAAAAGCACUCUGAUCUCAUCAAUUAUAUCCGGCAUACUCAGCUUGGUGAUUUUUGCAACGCUGCGGUUCUACGCCCAUUGGUUCAAUGACUCCCAAAUUAAUAUAUUAUUUGGCGGCUACUUGUUCUCCUGGUUAUUUAUACUCAGCCUCACCUGCUUAUCAAAUGCUGAAAUGCUAAUCUUUGGUCCCGAUUUUCAAGCAAAACUUGUACCAGAAAUUAUUUUAUGUUUAUCGCUAACAGCAGCUGCGGCCGGCGUCGUUCAUCGCGUUUGUGCGACAACAAGUAUUCUAUUCUCCCUGGUGGGAUUAUAUUUUAUGAACCGAAUCUCUUCAAAGUAUUACAACAAUGCAGUGGUGCCCGUGGAUGUACCCUUGCGAAAAAGUGGCAAAAAAUAUAAAUAAAUUCCAUGACAAAAUGUAUUUUCAAUUCAACAUGUAAUUUGAUAUGAGAAAUACAAUCCACAAGCUAAAAGCUAAUACUUAAAUGCUAUGCAGCAGCUUCAUUUCCCGCCUCUGAAGCUAAUUCAUUGCCCGCUUCUGUUAAAAAGCCAAGUAUAUUAAAGUCAAUAAAGCGCACCAACUGAAAAGGAA